AUGAAUUAUCCAUUCAUUUAUGAUACAAUACUAUGGAUCCUGUCAAUAUUAAUUGAUUUUUUCUUUCGGGAAGUUAAAACCAGAGGUGCUUUUCGUGUACCCAGAAAGGGACCUGUUAUUCUCGUUGCUGCUCCUCAUGCCAACCAGUUUGUUGAUCCUUUGAUAUUAACGCUUCAAUUACGACGAGAAGUGAAUCGUCGAGCAUCAACAUUGGUUGCUGCGAAGAGCUAUCGGCAAAAAAUCAUUGGUAUAUUUUCUAGAGCUUUCGGUGCAAUUCCAGUCGAGCGUGCACAAGAUUUAGCUAAGCGUGGUAAAGGAAAAAUCUUCGUUGUACCUGACGGAGACCAAAGCGAGAUUCAUGGGGAGGGCACGGAGUUUACAAAUCAUCAUCUUGGAGACACCAUUAUACUUCCAAAUAAUUCUGGAAGCACGCAUAUAGCCUCCAUUGAAAGCGAUACUUUAAUACGUGUUAAACGUGAGUUUCGUGAAGAAGAUGCUGUGCGUAUGCUCCACUCACCCGAGGGGUGCACUUACAAAGUGGCUCCUGAAGUUAAUCAAUCAAUAGUAUUUGAUAAAGUUAGAAAACGCCUCGUUGAAGGUGCUUGUAUUGCAAUUUUCCCAGAAGGUGGCUCACAUGACCGUCCUGAAAUGCUUCCUCUGAAAGCAGGCGUUGCCAUCAUGGCACUUGAAACUCUCUCUCAAAAUCCGGAUUGCGGCCUUCAAAUUGUCUCUUGUGGUAUGAAUUACUUCCAUCCUCAUCGCUUUCGUUCGCGAGCUGUUUUAGAGUUUGGUUCUCCCUUAUCUAUCCCUGAAGAGUAUGUCCAGCUUUAUAAAAAUGGGAAACGCCGUGAGGCUAUACAGAAUGUGUUGGAUAUGAUUUAUGGCUCACUCUUGUCUGUAACUGUACAAACUCCCGAUUAUGAAACUUUGAUGGUUAUCCAAGCAUGUCGCCGAUUGUACAAGCCAGCUCACGUGCAGCUUUCAUUGCCAAAAGUAGUCGACUUGAAUCGUAAAUUGAUUACAGGAUAUAAUCAUUUUAAGAAUGAUCCCCGUGUAAUGCGUUUGCAUGAUAGGAUCCUGUUUUAUAAUCGACAGUUAUACCGUUUGGGAAUUCGCGAUCAUCAAGUCCAAGGCCUCCGCUACUCCCGUUUUUUAAUUCUGUACAAACUAGUUUAUAGCUGCUGUAAGCUCUUUUUGCUAACCCUUGGUGCUUUACCAGGAGCUAUCCUUUUCUCUCCGGUCUUUAUUGCUGCGAAACGAAUAAGUGUUCGUAAAGCCGAAGAAGCUUUGAGGGGAUCCACUGUUAAAAUCCAAGGUCGGGAUAUUCUGGCAACCUGGAAGUUACUGGUCGCUUUGGGCAUGACCCCCAUCUUAUACUCAUUUUAUGCUUUGCUUUGUUGUUAUUUUAUUUACUCGUACAAAUUAAUUCCGCAUUCGAGUGUAUUUGUUUAUGCUAUCCCUUUAAUCUCGUCAAUCUUGUUUCCUAUGGUAACUUAUGCGGCCUUGCGCUUUGGAGAAGUGGCUGUUGACAUUUACAAGUCCAUCCGACCCCUUUUCCUGGCCUUAAUACCAUCCAAAGCAAAUGCUGUUUACGUUUUACAGCAUGAACGAGAAGAACUUGUUGCUGAAGUUACAGACGUAAUCAACACAUUAGGACCUGAAUUAUUUCCAGAUUUCGAUGUUCAUCGCCUGGUUCCAGAAAGACAAGAGCAUCCGUCGAGGUAUACUCGUCGUCUUAGUUCUUCUGUCGAAUCCGAUGUAGAUAAUUUAUCCCAACUCCACGAAACAGAAAUGAACCAAGAGGCCCUUAUUCCGUCUCAGGGCGAUGUAUAUCUAUAUUCACCUUAUCCUCAUGAAUUGACGAGCUCAACGACAGAUGAGGAAUUAGAAAGCGGUAAUAAGGCGUAUCUCAUCCGUAAAGCUUUGCGUGAGAGAAUGGGACUGCGCAUGAGCCAAAAAAAUGACUCUCGAGAUUUUACUCCGGAUGGUGUCUUUAGUGAAUCUGAUGACCAGCUAAGUGACUAA